AUGGAGGAGGGGGAGGUGAACUUGGGUGCCGAUGGUUCUGCCCCGGCAACGAAUGUUGGCGGGGAGGGCGCAACAUCUUCCCAGCCUGGUGCGGAUCCCUCCCCGGCAGACCGGGAGGACAUCGACACCGUCAUCGAGGAGGUCGCCAGGGACGCUGAGGCCGAGGCUGACAAGAUCGCCACCGAGGAGGCCAUCAAGACCGCUGCUGAGGAUGCCGCCAAGGGGCCUGCCGGGGAGGCUGGCAAGGCCGCUGUCGAGGAGGCUGGCAAGGAGCCGACCGGAGAGGCCGGCAAGGCCGCUGCCGAGGAGGGGAUGGUUGACGACCAGCUUUCCUCCUCUGCUGCCUCCGGCUCGGGCAAGUAUCUGAAGUCCGGCCCGCUAUCUACCUCAAUAGUCCUCCUCAUCGGGGGACUUGCCUCCGGAGAUGAUGGAAAGCGAGACGCCUCCACGAGCUUCCUCGCCCCUUAG